AACGUGUCAGUAUUCUGCGGCGUGAGACGCUUGAUGCUGUUGCAGCUAAUCCCGCGACGCAGCAUCGGUCUUAAGAUUCUUUUUCUCGAGAACACAAAGCCUGGCAUCCUUAGCUCACCCCGUUUGCUUCUCCAAUUUACUCUGCCUCAGUUUAAUGCUGUGAAGGGGGAGUUCAUUACCUGAAAGAAAUGGUGCAAAGUCUGUCAUUAAGCACUCUAACAGUAUCUAGAAACUGUGGGAUUUAUGAUUCUACCCCAUCAUGGAGGAGGCAUUUCAAUCUAAUAAGGAAAACCCGUAGAGCCUUCGGGACUGAUAAGCAAUGUCCUUCGCAUCAAUUUGUUCCAAGCUUAUUCCUUACGGGUAACCCCAACAUAUUAAGAGGGGGAAAUUUAAGGGUUGAAGCUGGAUGGCUGUUCAGCAAAGGGGGCAACCAAGAGUGGGAUGCAAGCCGUGAGCGCAGUGAAAAUGCUAAUGAGGAUAUCUUGAUUUUCUUUUUUCAGCUUGACUUAGCAACUCGAGUUCAGUACGCUCUGAAUAUGGAGCAGUAUGACAUUGCACAACAACUUAGAAACAAGCUUACUGAGGUUGAAGAAGAGGUUAUUCGACAACAGGAAGCAACAAGGGGAUCAUCCUCAAAGAGUGAAGCUCAAGAUAAGGCUUUAAGUAUCAUACGACUACGUGCAGACCUGCAGAAUGCAAUUGAGAAUGAGAAUUAUGCUAUGGCAGCUCAAUUACGGGAUCAAAUUUCCAAAUUGGAGGCAGAGUCUUUAGCUGCAUCAGCAAAAGCUCUUGCAUAUGAAAAUGCUCAGUAUGCAUUUCGUUUAGGACAAAAAGUGUCUCACAAGAUUUUUGGCUAUAUUAUGAUUGUAGGCUAUCGAGCUGUGGUUUGUGGAAUGGAUCCAACAUGCUGUGAGUCAAGUUCAUGGAUGGAAACUGCACAGGUUGAAAAGUUGUCUCGGGGUACUAAUCAGCCAUUUUAUCAGGUUUUGGUUGAUGUACAUGCGGAUCCCAAUCUACUGGUGGCUUAUGUUGCUGAGGAAAAUUUAGUAGGCCUUGAGAGACCAGAUUUGGCUGUACUUAACCAUGUGCAGGGCAAGUUUGAUCAUCCCUAUAUAUCAUUCUUAUUCUAUGGGGCAGAUACAGCAGGAGAUUUUAUCCCAAUUAAGCAGCUUCGUGAAAAGUACAACAGGCCUCGUCAUGAAGUGCCAAUUGAUCCACCAGACGAGGACAGCAAAGGCAACCUUUAAACAAUAAAUUGUUGGUUUCUUGUUCAUUUUUGCAGGAGAUUCGACUUUUAAUUGUCCAGGCAAUGUGGCAGAAUUGCCAGAAUACCUUGUAUAUGAUGUAGAUCAACAUAUGAAUCCCUCCCUUCCAUACUUCUCAACCUCUUUCUUUCUCAAUGUUGUAGUUCCAGUUACAUUGAAGACAUGAGAAACAACUUGGAGAAAUCAAUUCACAUGUUCUUUUGCGUUCA